UUUUCUCUUCAAUUACAAACAAAAAAAAAAAAUGGUGAAAAUUUCCACAUUUUCUCUCUUAAUUAUUUUCUCUCUCCUCUUUCUCUCUUCCCUCUCUUUUGCCCACCAAAAUUACAAAGAUGCCCUUAAGAAAAGUAUCCUCUUUUUUGAAGGACAACGUUCUGGCAAACUUCCUCCUGAUCAACGCCUUCAUUGGCGCCGUGAUUCUGCUCUACUUGAUGGUCACUCUGUUGGUAGGGACUUAACAGGAGGAUACUAUGAUGCGGGAGACAACAUAAAGUUUGGAUUCCCAAUGGCGUUUAGUAUCACGCUCCUAUCAUGGAGCGUGAUAGAUUUCGGCCGAAACAUGAGAGGUGAGCUCCCCAACGCGCUCAAAGCGGUGCGUUGGGGAACCGACUACCUCCUUAAGGCCACUGCCGAGGUGCCAAAUGUCAUGUAUGUUCAAGUUGGCGACCCCUACUCCGACCACAACUGUUGGGAGAGGCCUGAGGACAUGGACACCUUGCGGACCGUGUACACAAUUGAUCGAAACCACCCUGGCUCCGAUGUAGCCGGAGAAACCGCUGCGGCAUUGGCAGCCGCCUCAAUCGUGUUCCGGUCCCGUGAUCGUACUUAUUCUCGUUUACUCCUUAGUCGUGCCGUCAAAGUGUUCAAGUUUGCAAACAAAUAUCGAGGUGCAUACAGCUCGAGUCUAAAAAGAGCAGUUUGCCCUUUUUACUGUGAUGUUAACGGCUACCAGGACGAGUUGUUAUGGGGAGCAGCAUGGUUGCACAAGGCCACAAGAAGGCGAGAAUAUAGAGAAUACAUAGUGAAGAACGAGGUGAUAUUAAGAGCUGGAGAUACCAUUAAUGAAUUUGGAUGGGAUAAUAAGCAUGCUGGGAUUAAUGUCCUCAUUUCCAAGGAAGUGUUGAUGGGAAGAGCCGAUGACUUGAGAAAUUUCAAGAACAAUGCUGAUGGCUUUAUAUGUUCCGUGAUUCCUGGUGUUGCUCAUCCAGAAGUCCAAUAUUCUCCUGGUGGGUUGAUCUUCAAGACUGGAGGGAGUAACAUGCAGCAUGUAACGUCUCUGUCUUUCCUACUUCUAGCUUACUCAAACUAUUUAAGCCACUCCAAUCACCAAGUGCCAUGUGGCGGAAUUUCAGCUUCCUCCACUCUCUUAAAACAAUUAGCUAAACGUCAGGUGGAUUACAUACUUGGAGAUAAUCCAUUAAGGAUGUCAUAUAUGGUGGGCUAUGGGCCACAUUAUCCACAAAGGAUACAUCACAGGGGCAGUUCUCUACCAUCAGUCCAUGUUCAUCCCGCCCAUAUUGGUUGUAAAGCGGGCUCUCGAUUUUACCUUAGUCCAAAUCCUAACCCAAAUAAGCUUGUUGGAGCUGUUGUUGGUGGGCCUGAUCUCACAGAUGCCUUUCCAGAUUCUAGGCCCUACUUCCAGGAAUCUGAGCCCACAACAUAUAUUAAUGCUCCUCUUGUGGGCCUUCUUGCCUACUUUUCAGCCCAUGCUUGAUUUUCUAAUCUACCACUAAUUAUUUGUGUAUGCUUUAAUUUAAGUAUUUAACCCCCUUAUUCAGCCAAAAAAAAGGGCAAAAAAUAUGUAAAAGGGCAAAAAAGUUUGGGUAGGGUAAGUUACUUAGAGGUGAGCAAAUUGCCACCCUAAGGAAAUUGUAUUGUGUCAUGUUCUUGCUCAAAAUCAAGGGAAAAAGAAGUGAAGUUUCAUAUUUUAUUAGAA